AUGAAUUCAGGACGAGAUCAUGUAGUGGAAUGCGUGACAGAUUCUGGAAUUUUGGACUUGUCCCGGUCCUACAACCCCGCAUACGGCAAAAAUUCCCGUCUGCCUGAAGGGGAACGGAGACAAGGAAUUGCUGUAAAGUCGAGUUCGUUUAGCGAUGGUGUUUUGACAUGCACAUUUACGCACGACUUGGUGACAUCUUCGACCCUCGGUGGGAAGUUGGAUUUAGCCUAUGCCAACCUCUACCUGCUCCUCGCCGAUGGGAAAACUACCUCUUCCAGUAACGAGACUGAACUUCAGCUGCACACAAACCGAGGAAGUUCCCCAUCCCCGUAUGCUUUCGUGUAUUCAUCUCUUCCAAGUGUUACAGCUUCACCUGCUCGCAUCUCGACACCUACGACAAUGAGUCGACCAAAAAAGCUGUUUGCUCGUUUUGCUCCACUGUCUAGUUUUGUCUCACCAGUAGUGAAGUCCUUAUAG